UAACUUUGGAAUUUGGCCAACUUAUGCGCUGGGCUUACAGCCGAGGCUCAUGCUGUCUAAACAAAAAUACGAAACCUGUGUCCUCAGGCUUUUCCAUUUCUGAAGUUUCUGUAAGGAGAAGGCUAAAUCCAAUAAUUAACUACCAUCGAUAAGAGAAACCUCAUAAACCCUAAACCCGCCGGUGUUUUUCUUCUGAAAAAAUCGCGAGGCUAGCCACUCCUGCGAUUGGUCCGCCAUGGUGAAGAGAAGCAAGAAAAGUAAGAGUAAGAGGGUCACGUUGAAACAGAAGUACAAGAUUAUAAAGAAGGUUAAAGAGCAUCACAAGAAGAAGGCGAAAGAAGCCAAAAAACUUGGACUCAGUAAAAAACCCAAGAAGGAGAAGGAUCCAGGCAUCCCCAAUGACUGGCCUUUCAAGGAACAGGAGCUCAAGACCCUCGAGGAACGCCGUGCUCGUGCACUUGAAGAACUCGAGCAGAAGAAAGCUGCUCGCAAAGAAAGGGCAAGAAAGAGAAAGUUGGGAAUUCUGGAUGAUGAUGACACUAUGAAUGAAAAUGUUGCUAGCAAGAGGCAGGACGUCGGAGAGGGUGAUGCCUCAACUUCACUUGGCAAAAACCGAGAUCACUCAGAGAGAGCUUUUUACAAGGAGUUAGUCAAAGUCAUUGAAGCUUCUGAUGUUAUUUUAGAAGUACUUGAUGCCCGAGAUCCCAUUGGUUCCCGGUGCGUGGAUAUGGAAAAGAUGGUUAUGAAGUCAGGUCCUGAGAAGCAUCUUGUUUUGUUGCUUAAUAAAAUAGAUCUCGUCCCAAAGGAAGCUGCUGAAAAGUGGCUUAAAUACCUCAGAGAGGAGUUGCCUACUGUGGCUUUUAAGUGUAGCACGCAGGAACAGAAGUCAAACCUUGGGUGGAAAUCUUCCUCGAAAGCAGGGAAAACUAGCAAUUUACUGCAGACUAGUGAUUGUCUUGGAGCUGAAACGCUUUUAAAGUUGUUAAAGAACUACUCAAGAAGCCACGAGAUUAAGAAAUCUAUAACUGUUGGGGUUAUUGGGCUGCCAAAUGUUGGGAAAAGUAGCUUGAUUAAUAGUUUGAAGAGGUCGCAUGUUGUCAAUGUUGGUGCCACCCCUGGCUUAACACGGUCAAUGCAAGAAGUACAGCUAGACAAGAAUGUGAAAUUGUUGGAUUGUCCUGGUGUGGUAAUGCUUAGAUCUUCCGGAGAUGAUGAUGCAUCAAUAGCACUUCGGAACUGCAAGAGAAUAGAGAAGCUGGAUGACCCAGUUAGUCCUGUAAAGGAAAUUCUCAGGCUUUGUCCAGAGAAACUGUUGGUGUCCCUGUACAAAAUUCCCAGCUUUGAUUCAGUUGAUGACUUCCUGCAAAAGGUUGCAACUGUUCGGGGUAAGCUGAAAAAAGGUGGCAUCGUAGAUAUUAAUGCUGCAGCAAGGAUAGUAUUGCAUGAUUGGAACGAGGGUAAAAUUCCGUACUACACAAUGCCUCCAACAAGAAGUGAUGAAGGGAAUUCGGAGGCAAAGAUUGUUUCAGAGUUUGGAAAAGAAUUUAAUGUAGAUGAAGUAUAUGGCAAUGAGUCCUCAAUUAUUGGUAGCUUGAAAUCCGUUGACGACUUUAACCCUGUUGAAGUUCCAGGAAAUUCUCCUUUCAAUUUGGGUGAUCAAAUGCUUGAGGUUUGUGGUCUCCAUAAGUAUUCUCUACAUUUUACAUGUGUCUAUUAUUUUAGCCUUCACGUAGUUAAUUGCUUUUGCAUGUCAGCUCUGAUUUUGGAAACAUUUAUUGUUUGAGAAUGGCAAGCUACAUUUUGAGUUAUUGAUGGAGAAGGAACUAAUAAGCUUGAGAGUGUUUGUCCUUUGGGGAAAAGUUAAAAACUCUACCCUCAUUGUUAUGAUUAAAAUGAGCCAACUACUAUGCAUAGUCAUCUUGUUCUGGUUAGCCUGCUGUCAUAAACUUAGGUCUGAGUGCCUGAUUUGAGAGUAGACAUGAGAUGUGUUUUUGUGAAAUAUGGGAUUACUGAUAAUUUGCGUUUAUCAUUUAUUUAUGGCCUACCUGACAUUUUAGGAUAAAACACUCCCGACACAGCAAAGUAAAGAUAUGGAAGACAAUAAAGAUGAUGAAGACCAGAGCAUGGAUUCAGAAGAUGACACUGGGCCAUCAAAAGCCAAGACGGCCAAUAGCAGGCAAAACGAGAAGCUAUAUGCUGAAGAAGGCAUGCUCAACACCAAGUUGAAAAAAGCAGAGAAGAAAAGGAGGAAGAAAGAGAACAAGUCGACUCCCAUGGAGGAUGAUACCAAAGAUGACGAUGAUUACGACUUCAAGGUAGAUUAUGUCAAUAAGGGAUCUGCCAUGGACACCGGCGAGGAAGCUGAACCGGAGGGCAGCAAGUCAGCAAACAGAUUUGAGCUUCCAGCUGGAUUUGAUUUAAAUGAAUGAGUUUUUCUUGGAAAGAAAUUUUGACCAUUUAUUCUGUCUUUUUUCUUUGAAUAUUAACACUAAUAUUUAUCACCAUUGUAUUUUUGCGAUGAUAUAAGUUAUUAUUGAAUCAAAAUUUUAAAGCAUCUAGCUAGUGUUUACCAACUAUCCCUAAAGCCCAGAUGAAUUUUAAUCUCGUCACUGUUAUAAAAUUCUGGCGUACUACUAAAGUUGGGAUGUUACAUC